CGGGCGGGCCCCGCUGCGAUCCCGGUUCGAGCCCCGGCCCGGCCCGGUUCGAGCCCCGGCCCGGCCGCGAUGAACGAGGCGGUGUCGCGGCAAACGCGGGAGACCCUGGGGCAGGUGAUCCGCAAGCCGCCGCUCACCGACGCGCUGCUGAGCAAGCCGCCCUUCCGCUACCUGCACGACCUGAUCAGUGAGGUGAUCAGAGUGACAGGUUUUCUGAGAGGACUUUACACAGAUUUCGAGCUGAAGUCAGAUAAUGUCAAGGAUAAGGAUUCCAAAAUCAACUUCCUUCAGAAGGCCAUCGAUGCAGUUGUGAUGGUGACAGGAGAGCCACUGGCAGUGAGACCAGCACGAGUGGUGGCUGGGCACGAGCCUGAGAAAACCAAUGAAUUCCUGCAGGCCAUUGGGAAGUGCUGCUUGAACAAGCUGUCCAGUGAUGCUGCUGUGAAAAGGGUCUUGGCUGGGGAAAAAGCCGAUGCUAAAGGGAAACCUCCAUCCUCUAAACCUCGACAUAAAGAAAGCAGAGAGCCCAAAGCAGAAGAACAAAAAAGCCAUAAGGAUAAAGAGAGCAGGAGAGACACUGAAAUUAAAGAGAGAAGCCCCAGCAGAGACAGAAAACCCAAAGGAGAUUUGAAAGAGAGCAGAGAAAGAGAAAAGGAGAGGGAUAAACAGAAGAACAAUGAAGAGAAGCACAAAGAACCUGAAAGAGACACCUCAAAGGAAGGAGAAAAACAAGAGAGGGAAGGAAGCAAAAGCAGAAUGACCAAGCAAGGGAGGGAAACAGAAAAAGCCAAAGGAAAAGGAGACCCAGAGCGAGGAGAGGACCUCAGGCAAGAUAAAGGACAGGAAAGAGAGAAAAGACAAGAAGGAGGAAGAGAAAAGGACAGGCUGAAAGGAAGAGACAAAGACAAGGCCAAGGACAAAGAAGGAGAGAAAGACAGAGAGAGAAGAAGAGAUCGGGACAGAGAAAAAGAUGGGGAGCACCUCAGGGAACAUGGCAAGGAGAAAGCAGAGAAAAAGCCCUCAGAUUCUGAAGAAUCCUUGAAUAGAAAACCACAGAGGCCAAGUAAAGACAGCAAGUGCCAGCCUGACACUGAGACUGAAACUCCUGCAAGGAUAUCAAAGGAGCCUUCAGUAAAAGCAUCAAGGCAUCCCUCCAAGCCUGCAGGAGAAGGAGCUGUGGACACGAGGAGUGUGGCAGAUGGGAUUUCAGAGGAUGGUGCUGCUGAGCUGCAGGAGAAAAUUGAACCAGACCUUGCAGAAAAACAGAAGGAAAGAGAAAUGGAGAACACAGCUCCUGAGAAGGCUGAAAAUGGUGAAGCACCUCCUGAUGUCCCACCUCGGCCUGCCCAAAGACGGAUUCCCCGUCCUGGCAGCGCGAGGCCGGCGCCCCCACGAGUGAAACAUCAGGAGAGCACCGAGCUCUUAACCCCAGAAAGGAGCCAGAAGUGGAGCUGGUUGAGGAUCAAAAGCAUGGUGGGCUGGUGAAAAGAAUCCUAGAAACCAAGAAGGAUUAUGAGGCAUCACAGAAAUCAUCACAGACCACAGACAGGGAGAAGCCAAUUAUAUCAGAAGCAUCCAGGAAGAGGGAGAGAGACUUGGUAGCCAAAGAGAUUGAGAAGUUCCAGGGCUGCAUUCAGACUGUGUGCCAGCACGUGCUGAGGCUGGGCAGGAUGGUGGAUUACAUCCAGGAGGACAUGGAUGCCAUGAGGAACGAGCUGCUGCUGUGGCGCCAGGAAAACCGGGAGCACGCCGAGGCUUUGCGCAGGGAGCAGAGCAUCACAGACAGCACUCUGGAACCGCUGAAGGCUGAGCUGGCUGAGCUGGAGCAGCUGAUGAAGGACCAGCAAGAAAAGAUCUGUGCUGCAAAAGCAAAUAAUUUAAGGAACGAUGAAAAAAUCCAGAGGAUGAUUCUUAGCAUAAGUGUGUCUGAAAGAAGGUGAAGAAGGAAAAGAAAAUAAAGAGCCUUAGGACUCACUGACUGACAUUGCUACCAAAAAACCAAAACCCAAAUAGCAGAUAUGCCUUGUUCAGAUAUAGAAUGUUUAGGGACCAGAACCCUAAAAACAUUACAAAAAACUCUGUUAUUGCAUUGAUUUUUAGAUGUUGAUAUUAUGCAGGAUAAAAUGAUAUUCACUUGAAUGCUAAAGUAGCACAGCUAUUAAAAGAACUUUAUUUGUUUAACUGUGA